AUGGACAUGAAGGAAAACAACAAAGAACAAACACUUGGCAACAAAGAACAAACACUUGGCCAACCAUGGCUAAAGGCGGUAGAUCUCAUCACAAGCACGCUACAAGAUGCAGCGCCUUUCAGACAGCCGGCGGUCGAAAAGAAGUACCACGAGCAUUUCCUUCAAUCCAUUAUUUGCAUCGACAAUGUAGGUUCGACCAUGACUCUGGGCAUAUCGACAGCAUACCAUCUUGGUGUUUUGAUAGUGCGGCACCACGAGAAAGGCAUCAGCAACUUUGACGACUACAUGUUCAUUCUACGUCUGUCAGUUCUGAUCGGCCUAUGGGUAGUGCUCUCCAUGUCUUCUCGUAUGUCGGAGAAGCAAAGAAUUCGGGUAGCAGUCUUUGUCAGGAGGGCUAUACACAUCAGAUUCUUGUUCUUCUUGGCGGAACUGAUAUUCAUGGAUAUGCACAUUGAACGUGCGAAGAUUAGCUCUUUGAUCCUCACGUUCGCUUUCUCUGUGACCUUGGACUCGUAUAAGGAGCAGAUGAUUCUCAUCGGUGUCUUGGCAUAUGCCGGUCACUUUUCGAGGAUCGUGAUACAUAAGAAUCCUCAGUCGUGGGCAACUGAGCUCGAAGGUUUGACCUUCUCAACAAUAUUGUACGUGUUCUGCAUAUUUCUGUUCACUGUCUUUCAAGUCAAGAGUCGUACAAGAUUUCUUCGUCAGUAUGCACAAUUCAUUUCUCAGUGCUCUUGA